UGAUCAGAUGUUUUUUAAAUGAAUUUAUCUAAACCUGUAAUCCAUCACUGAUAGUUUAGUUAAUUAAUUUUGUUUUAACUGUGGAAAUAUUCCUUAAUACUUAAUUCUUGUGUUCCGGUGUUUUAUUUAUAUAUCAAAUUUUAGUAUUUUUUGUUAUUCAGAAUGAGUGCAACCAAUUCUUCUCAAGUCAGACAUGGUACAAAUGGCCAAUUCAGUAUAAAGAAGCACAAGUUUGCUCUCAAUUUCAAUUCCAGAGUUAAAAGUGAUAAAGCUGAACUAGGAUCACCUCCUGGUUAUGUGACCAAUGCCCAAUUCAAUGUACCAGUUGUAGAGCCAAGCGAUGUUAAUCUUAUUGUCAAGAAAUCAUGGGAAAUCGCAUCGGGACCAAUUCGUCAGCUUCCUAUGAAUCUCUUCAUCAUGUAUAUGGCUGGUAACUCUAUCUCAAUUUUUCCAAUCAUGAUGAUUGGUAUGCUUUUCCUGAAACCAGUGAAAGCUCUUUUACAAAUUAAUGCAACAUUCAAGCUUAUUGAAGGAAAUCAAUCGCUUUUUCAAAAAUUCGUCUAUCUAUUGGGAAAUUUACUCUGUCUUGCUUUGGCUCUUUAUAAAUGUCAAUCUAUGGGUUUGCUGCCCAUACAUCCUUCAGAUUGGCUUGAUUUUGUAGAGCCACAGCCUAGAAUUGAAUUCUCGGGUGGUAGUUUGUCUCAUUAAAAGUAAAUUAAACUGAAA